GCUCGAUGAAAACCAGGAAGUUUGUGGAUUCAGGAGAAAUGAAACCUAUUUCCCUACACGAGCCUCUGCUUAAGGAUCCACACUCUUCUAGUUUGGUUAAAGCUAAAGGAGUGAAUAUUUGACUUGUUAUUCUGUCAAAGCAGAGCAGUUCAUAUUUGAGGACAGAUUAUCUGCAAAGAAAUGUCUGAAUCUGCAGUGAGUCAGUAUGAGGAUCAGUUCAGCUGUUCAGUCUGUUUGGAUCCUCUGAAGGAGCCGGUGACGAUUCCCUGUGGACACAGUUACUGUAUGAGCUGUAUUACUGACUGCUGGGGCCAGAAGGAGCAGGGGCCGCCGUACCGCUGUCCCCAAUGCAGAGAGAGCUUCAGUCAGAGACCUCUACUGAAGAAGAACACUCUGAUAGCUGAGAUGAUGGAGACGCUGCAGAAGACGUCCCUACAAACGGCUGCUGUGGAGUGUGAUGUUUGCACUACAGAGAAGAACAGAGCUGUAAAGUCCUGUCUGCAGUGCUUGGCCUCCUUCUGUCAAACUCACCUGCAGCCUCACUAUGAAUCUCCUGCGUUUAUGAAGCACAAACUAGUUGAAGCUUCCAGAAACAUUCAGGAGAACAUCUGCCUCAGUCAUGGGAAACUUCUGGAGAUUUACUGUCAGGAUGAUCAUCAAUGUAUUUGUAACUUGUGUAUGAUUGACAAUCAUAAAAAACACAGUGUGGUUUCUGUGGAUUCAGAAUGGACUAGUAAGAAGAAAGAGUUAAAGGAGAUAAAGGUGGCGUGUCAGAAGCUGAUCCAGAAGCGAGAGAGAGGUCAGCGGGAACUCAGAGAAGCUGUGAAGUAUUUUAAAAGUUCAGCUCUAGAGACCAUGGAGGACAUUGAGAAGGUCUUCACUGAGCUCAUCUGCUCUCUUGAGAAGAAACGCUCUGAGAUUAAAGAGCAGAUCAGAGCUCAGGAGAAGACUGAGAUAGAUCGAGCAGAGGAACUUCACAAACAUCUGGAUCAAGAGCUGACAGAACUCAGAAAAAGACAAGCAGAGAUUGAGAAACUUCUGAUUACUGAAGAUCAGAUCCAGUGUCUGAAGAGCUGUCAGUCUGUGUGUGUUUUACCUUCAUUUGAAGACGUUCCCAUCUUCACUCAACACACUCAUCUGUCUUUUAAAGACAUUUCAAUCUCAAUGUUUAAGGAGGUUUUGGAGGACGUCUAUCAACAGCAAACAGCCAGAAUAUCUCAAGAAGUGUCAAAUGUCUCUAUUACAAAAUCUCCAGAACCAAAGACCCAGAAUGAUUUUUUGCAGUAUUUCUGUGAAUUUCACCUGGAUCCAAACACGGCAAACAAAAACCUCAAACUGUCAGAAGAGAACAGGAAAAUAUCAUGUUCUGAUAAAGUUAAACAAUAUCCUGAUCACCCAGAGCGAUUUGAUGUGUUUCCCUACAUCUUGUGUCAAGAGGGUUUGUACGGUCGCUGUUACUGGGAGGUCGAGUGCAGUGGGAAUAAUUGGGCUGUAGCAGUUUGUUACAAGGGAAUUGGACGUAAAGGAAGAAGUGAUGACUGUAGACUUGGAUUCAGUAAAUUAUCUUGGAGAUUUGAAAAUUUUCUUCAAAAUUUUAAUUUCCUACAUGAUAAAGGACAAGUCCGUAUCCCUGCUGUCUGCUCCUCUAGGAUAGGAGUGUAUCUUAAUCACAGAGCAGGAACUCUGUCCUUCUACAGCGUCUCUGACACAAUGACUCUCCUUCACAGAGUCCAGACCACUUUCACUGAACCCUUAUACCCUGCUUUUUAUAUUGGACAAGGUUCAUCUGUCAGGAUCAUAGAGCAGAAGAAAGUUCAGACAGACCAAAAUUAAAUAUAAUUGAUCAAGUAUCAGAUUCAGUUGCUAAACUCCUUAAAUGUUUAUAUAUUUAAAUUAAAAUGUAAUUUGUAGUUUUGAUUAUCAAAAGGAAUUACAUUUCCUAAUAUAAAACACCAAGUCAUUCUCAAAUUGGAUAUAGUAAAUACAUUUACAGUUCAUUAUCAGAUGUUGCAAAAUCAGAUUUUUUUGAUUUUGUGUUUUCUGUAAUCUUGGCAUCUGAAAAAAUGUUUCAUCUUCAGCAAAGUUUAGUUCAUAAUAAUUCAUGUUUGAAUCCAUGAUGCAGUUUAUCAUCAAGGGUAAUUUGGGUAGUUUGGAAUAUAAUCAGCUGUGGAACAAACUGUUUACAGCGCGGUUGAUCAAAUGUUUUAUGUGUCACAUCAUGUAAUGUUAUGUAUUAAAUGCAGCCGCUAUUUUGUUCUUUUGUGUUGCUGUUGUUAAUUUGAUAAAAAAUUUAAUGAAAUUGGGGUAUUUUGUGUUAAUAACAUUACAGUGAUCUGAUUCAUUUCAGUGGAAAAAUUUAUUUUAGGAAACAUUGUCUUAAGAAUCUGUGUUUCUAAUACUAUUAUGACAUUCCUUUAUAAUUUAGAGAACUGUAGUAUCAUUCAGAUAUAUUUCUUUGAUUUAAUUUGUCUGUCAUUAUUCAAUUAAUUAAAUUGUCAAAAUACAUAGAUUUACCUAGAAUAUCUAAUUUAGUAUUUUACAUUAAAUAAUCAAAAAUGAUAUCAGACAUAUUUUACAUAUUCUGCAGAAAUUUAAUGUCAACUGUGAUAAGUUGUUUAGCAAGAGCUUUUUACUCCAAGUAGAGGGUUAGUGGGCAAGAUAAAUAUGAAAGUAAGAAAUUGUAAAUGUGAUAAAAAGCAAAACACACCUGAUUCACAUUCUUUGUUUAUCAUUUUCUAGAAGUAUAGAGGUAUUCUAGAAGUAUUGCUGUAUUUUUGUGUAGUUUAUUAAGAGAAGGUACCCACCGUUUUACUCUGACGAAAAUGACUUGAACGCACCUAAAGUCAUAAACAUGAACUUCCCUGGGGGACUUGAACUCACCAACUGAACACACGCCCAUUUUUUGUUUACUUGCUGAAAACCAGGAAGUGUUUGAAUUCAGGAGAAAUAAAACUUAUUUCUCUUCUAGAAGUGAUUCAGUCUCUGUAACAGAUCCACACCGCUGUUCUUUGGGAUAAACUGUAAAUCAUAUUUGAGCUGUAUUUCUGUCGAGCCUUUAUUACCUACAGGACAGAGACUGAGAAUCUGUUCAUCUUUGAACACUGC